AUGAAAUUUGACGAUUUUCUACAUACAAUUAAUGAUUUUGGUCAAUAUCAAAAGUUAAGAUACUUUUGUAUAUGUUUGACGUACAUGUUACCACCUGUUAUGGUUUAUACAUGGUCCUUUGCAGCUGCAACACCAUCAUUUCGAUGUAAACUUUAUGAGAAUGAUUCUGUCUAUGAUAAUCAUAUUCCAGUUUUCUACAAUCAAAGUCAACCGGAUGAAGCAUACUGUAAAGCAAAUAUGAAAAUAUCUAUUAGAGAAUGUCAGCGAUGUUAUAUGAAAACAAUGUCAACCAAUGGUGAAGUACGUAUUCAACCAUGUGAAGGUUAUGUUUUUGAUCGAAAAUAUCAUCAAUAUACACUUGUUGAAGAAGUCUGUAUCUCUGUUAUAAUAAUAACAACAUAA